AUGACCGCUUCUUCCAAAUCGACAGAUGAAAGUUCGCAUCCGUCCGGUCUUCUUGCAUAUGACGCACUCCCGAAUCACCAGGACUUUGACCCAAUGAUAUCUGAUGCAAAGUUCACUGCUGAUACUAGAACCGAUUUCUACGACCGCAGUCUGACGAGUCGCAGAUAUGCCCUUGUCGGAGUGGCAUGCUCAAGUAUCUUCAGCUGCUUAUGCAUCGUUGCAGGCAUUGUCACUUUAGCCAAUCAAGGAGUCAGAGGAGUAACCACGCUCAACCUGGUCAAUCCUGAUCUGCUCGCUCAGUUGGAGUUGCAGGGGAAGAUAUUGUCCAUGACACUUAACUUAAUCGUCACGUUAUGCACUGAGUCCAUAGGAUUCGUACACAGCCUCUCAUUGCGCUCUGCGCUGGCCUCAGAGUCUCGGCUUCGUUUCAACACCAAUCUGCGCCUUCUAACUGGAGUUCGUGGAUGGCAUAACCCUAACGGCGCCCUGCUUAACGGCAUCUCGGCUGUCCCCCUCAUUGUGUCCUACAGCUCGGCCUCACUCGUCAUAGGUCUCAACUAUCAAGUCAUGCCAGGCAUGUCAAGCAAGGCUGAGGAGGGUGUUGCCAUCGCAGCGGUACCUCUCCUCAUUUUGGGCGUCGCACUCUUCCUCCAGGUGAUGAUCGCAUUGUCAGGGAUGCGGGCUGUCAAAAUAUUGACGUGGAGCUCCUCACCUUUCGACUUAACCGCUGCACUGGUCCACCACACGCAAUUGACCCCUGCUACUUUUCGGUGCAUGCGUUGUGUGUCUGACCUAGACACAUAUGGAGGUCCAGCGAAGCCACCAGAGAUACAGCCCUCUGCGUGGCAUGCUCACCCUAGCAUCCGGAAAGUUAUCAUUUCUCUUUGGGGGAUCGUUGCAGCAUGCACUGUAUGGGCCGCACUUGUCACGUACAUCUGGGACAAGUCUUUCGGCGGGGGGGUAUCUUCCUCUGGUGUGCUUAUCCCACAAACGUGGUCGUUCUUGCCCAACGGGGUCAAUUCCAUUCAGUAUGUUAUGCUGGGUGGCAAUUCUGGGAUGUGGAUUCUACUCUUUGUCAACAUGGCAGUUAUCCAGGGACCGUUGACGCUUGGGCUGCAUUGCUCGGAGCUCAUCGCAAAUGUCAUUCGAGACGAGAGACAGUGGAGAUGUGCUACUGGGAGGAAAGGGCUUAAAACGGCGACGAACCCAGUGAAGACAAUGUUCACUCAUCCGAUCUGUCUUGUACUUUUCGUCACGAAGCCUUUCCUGCACUGGAUGUUUGGGCUUGCAUUCAACAUAGGUGACAUCGCCCAACAAGGACAACUGGAAAUAUUGUCGGUAAUCAUGAACACUACCCAGAUCUGGAACUUGUGCAUUGCGCUUUUUAUAUUUGCCUGUUUCUUCACUUUCGUCGCACUGCGCCGACCUCGUGGCCCCCAACCGGCUGCAUACGGCCACGUCCAGACGCUCGCCAACCUCAUAGACGAGUGGUCGCCUGUGAUGUGGUGGGGACAUAAGGAGGAUGGAAUCCCGUACUGUCAUGCUGGUAGGGACGAGCGAUCAUCCGCUCCCGGAUGUGAAGAUGGACUGUGUUUAUGCUGGUUCCGGUACUGGGUCUCUGGUGCCCCUCUCGCUGGCAACGCAUUGAUAGGCACACAACCAGUGAAUGACCAUCCUAUCGUCAUCUGUACCGACGACGCACUCCCUUUCGGAACGUCUUGUCUUGGAGAUUUCUCUUUGCUUCUUGCGCAGCCUCCGCUAGGCCUUGGCUUGAGCAGGGAUGAUGUAGCUCUAAAGUCGUGCGGAUGGACAUGGAUGCUGUAUUUUCAAUAA